AUGCCGGACAACGCCUCUAAAGGUGCUCAAUCGGUGAAUAUGGCGGCUGGGGAUGGAUCGCGCUUCAGAGAUUCUGACGGUUAUACUGGUGAGAGGUUAGAUAAUGCCGAUGCUGGGUUUCUCUCGACCUCUGUACCGGAACGCUCGCCGGUCACCUCCGCCCAGAGCUUUACACCCAGAUCCCUCCUGGUUGGCCUCAUUAUCGGCGCCCUCAUCACAUUUUCGAACACAUACUUUGGACUGCAAACAGGAUGGAUUAGUACAAUGGCAAUGCCGUCGGCAUUGAUAGGAUUUUCGGUCUUCAAAGUGCUCUCCAAGCAUCUUUCUUAUCCGUUUACCCCCAUCGAGAAUGUCCUCAUUCAGACGGUGGCAGGGGCGGUUGGAACAAUGCCACUCGGCUGUGGCUUUGUUGGUGUUAUACCUGCCUUGGAGUUUCUUAUAAGGGACGGUGAAGACGGGCCCUCUGGCGACGGAGGCGUUGGAGAGGGUGGACCGCUGAAACUAAGUUUCUGGAAGCUGGUUAUCUGGAGUCUUGGGGUAUGCUUGUUCGGUGUUGUCUUUGCCGUUCCCUUGCGAAAAGAGGUCAUUGUUCGCGAGAAGCUCAAGUUCCCUAGCGGUACAGCAUCUGCGUUGAUGCUGAGAGUCCUUCAUGGAAGCGGACAGAGUGACGAGAAAGGAAAGGGCAGGCUGAGUGAUAAUAUGGGUGUGGGGAGAGAUGAAGAGGAGGAGGCGCCUAUUCUUUCUCGUGUAUCGGAGGAGAGCGGUAUCCUACUGAGGAAACCGACCUUGGAAGAGGAGAGCAGUGAUCAAAAGGAUUGGAGGUCGAAGAUGCGCCUCUUGGUUGGCGCGUUCGCAGUCUCUGGUAUUUAUACGUUGUUUUCAUACUUUGUCCCUCAAGUUCGUGAUAUUCCUAUUUUCGGACUUUCGUUAGCGCAAAAUUGGCUAUGGACUCUCAAUCCAUCACCAGCAUAUGUUGGGCAAGGAAUUAUCAUGGGACCUUCCACCUGUAUGCAUAUGCUCUUUGGUGCUGUUUUAGGUUGGGGUAUUUUGUCCCCAUUUGCCAAAGCCCGCGGUUGGGCUCCUGGUCCUGUGGAUAGCUGGGAUGAUGGAAGCAAGGCCUGGAUCGUAUGGGUUUCUCUGGCCAUUAUGCUCGCUGACUCGGUCGUUAGCCUCGGCUGGCUAGUGCUCAAACCAGCUGUAAAGAAUGCCCCCAAACUGAAGGCUAAGCUCGUCUCUAGUCGUCUUUGGCGUCGGGUUUCCCCGCAAGGCUCAGGAGAAUCUCAUCGCCAUGAUUAUAUCAGCUACUCGGCAUUGAGCCCUAUCUCCGAAGAAUCCUCCAUACCAAGCCAUCACCCUGCUUUGCUAGCAGGAAGGCGCGCUGAAGCUACUGAUGAGGAAGAUGCCCCUCCAUCUCAACUUAUCUCUACAAGAACAGUGAUCAUCUUGCUGCCUCUGACACUGAUAUUGAACGUUGUUUGCAUGCACUUCGUCUUUGGUGAUGUCAUGUCUCCAUUGCUCUCCAGCCUUGCAACGCUGCUGGCUGUUCUUCUAUCCAUAAUGGGUGUCCGUGCCCUCGGCGAGACGGACCUGAACCCAGUAUCUGGGAUUAGUAAACUAACGCAACUACUUUUCUCUCUCGCAACCCCCGCCUCCCACUUUUCCCGGCGCACUGCAUUAGUCACCAACCUUCUAGCUGGCGCAGUAUCCGAGUCCGGUGCCCUACAGGCCGGAGAUAUGAUGCAAGACUUGAAGACUGGCCACUUACUGGGUGCAAGCCCCAAAGCCCAGUUCUACGGCCAGAUGAUCGGCAGUCUAGUCGGCGCCGUGUUAUCAACAGCAGUAUACAAAAUGUACGUGAACGUCUACGAGGUCCCGGGUCCCAUGUUUCAGACCCCAACAGCAUACGUCUGGAUUUUCACAGCCCGCCUGGUCACGGGCCAAGGUCUCCCCCCGAUGGCAUGGGAAGCCGCCUCGAUAGCCGGAUUAGUUUUCGUGGUCAUCACUAUUCUGCGUAUGGUAGGUACGUCCAGCAUCGCCAACGGCGGUAAACGCGACGCAACAGCCUGGUGGCGAUCAUAUAUUCCAGGCGGUAUCGCCGUCGCCGUCGGUAUCUUCAACGUCCCCUCCUUUACCCUCGCUAGAGCCAUUGGCGGACUGAUCUCCUGGUGGUGGUCUCGAAAGCACGCCAAGGCUCAGGACCUUGAACCUCCCACUCAAUUAGCCAACGAGGGACAGCCCCAGGGCGCAGAUACCAGAAAUCCCGCGGCAGGACCCACGCCCGGACAAACUAUAAAAGACACUGAUGCGGCAUCCUCAACUGUCGUGGUUCUGGCGUCUGGUUUGAUCCUAGGAGAAGGUAUCAUUAGCAUCGUUAAUCUUCUUCUGGCAAGUGGAGGAGUUCCGCAUCUUUAG